AGGGCAACGGUGAGCAUCUUCAGAUCGGGACUGACUGAGCCAACCACUCAUCAGACCACUAUGACAGCUAAACCAUCCAUACAGUAGCUCUCAUACUGUACUUCUGGUAACGGCAGAUGCUUGAGAAGAGCCUGUCAGCCUAAGGUUGGAGAUGGACUCCCCAGUGAAGAGUGGGACUGUGCAGUACCGACAGCAGCUUACGGUGGGCCCCCCUGAUGGAGGCUACGGAUGGUUCAUCCUGCUGGCCUGCUUCCUGGUGUUUGGGCUGACCUUUGGAGUGAUCAAGGCCUUCGGAGUGUUCUACAUGGAGAUCCACGGCUACUUUGAGGCCACAGCAACAGGAACAUCCUGGAUUACAUCCAUUGCUGUGGCAACCAUACACUGUGGAGCCCCCAUGGCGUCUGCUCUGAGUGCUCGCUACAGCCACCGGGCCGUGGUGAUGAUAGGGGGUCUACUGAGCUGUGUGGGGAUGGUGGCUGGGGCUUACACACAGAACCUGGUUCAACUUUACAUCACUGUUGGGCUCCUAACCGGUUUUGGUUAUGCCCUGACCUGGACCCCCACAGUGACCAUGGUGGGCUGGUAUUUUGAGAAGAGGAGGCCCAUGGCCAACGCCUUGGCCAGCGCAGGAGAGUGCAUCAUCACCUUCCUGUUUACUCCACUGUUCCAGCUGCUGGUGGACCACUACUCCUGGAGGGGGGCCAUGUUGGUGCUGGGGGGCCUGCAGCUCAACCUGUGUGUUUGUGGGAUGUUACUGCGCCCCCUGAACACCCCCACUAAGCUGCCUCCCAAGGAGGUCAGAGAGGAGGAAGGAGACUUGACGCUGGAUGCCUUGCCCCAGACUAAAUCCAGCUCUGAGGGGACAGUGGAGCGGACAGGCAAGGCCCAAGCCCAGAAGGCCAGAAAGGCUGAGCUAUGGAGCAAAGUCCUGCGCUACGUGGACUACACACUCAUCACCAACCCUCGCUUCAUGGUCUACUCCAUGUUCGGGGUGUUUGCUGCUUUGGGCUUUUUUGCCCCAGCCCUCUUCCUUGUGCCCUAUGCCCGGAGCCAGGGAGUGGAUGAGUAUCAGGCGACUGCCCUCAUGUCCAUCUCAGCAGUUCUGGACCUGACGGGCCGGGUGUUCUUUGGCUGGGUGGCCAACCUGCAUCUAGUGGAGAUGGUGCAGCAGCUGACUGCCACUGUGAUCUUGCUGGGUAUAGUCCUGCUGCUGUGUCCCCUCGCCUCCUCCUUCCUUGAGCUGGCUGCCUUCAGUGCAGCCUAUGGCCUGGUGUACGGGGCCACCGUCUCCAUCCACAUCACCGUGCUGGCUGAGGUGGUAGGCGUGCAGCGGCUGGGGAGUGCCCUCGGCUUCUUCAUGCUCAUCCGCAGCAGCGGUGGCCUCCUGGGGCCGCCCAUCGCAGGAUUCCUUAUAGACAAGAUGAGUGACUAUGGGACAGGCUUCCUCAUGGCAGGCGUGGCCCUCCUCAUCUCUGCCCUCUUUCUGCUCCUGCUGCACCAGAUGAACCGCAGGGCUCAGGGGUCAGCCAGGACGGGACAUGUAUGAUUCGCCUAUGGACAGGCAGAAGGGGGAGGAGCUGUGGAAGUGGACGGUAGCACAGCAAAAAGGACUGUACAGACUGGGAGUACUGUACAGGAGAUGGAGAUUGUCUUUGUAACUGUAGGUGAGGUGGAGAGGAGAGAAGACGUGGGGGGGGCUAGGUCAAAGGGAGCUUCCUGAGUCCAACAAUGCUGAACAGACAAGGACCUCAACAGAAUAGUGACAAUCACAUUCCUUCUUCUGAAGAUUUAUCAUCUAAACUGUUUCUGCAGAAAUUAGUGCCCCUUAUUCACUCACACAACACUGGCAGACACCUCUUUUCUUCACAGAGUUUAAAUGAGCUAAUAAGGAAAACUCUACCAGAUGGCCUCAAGUAUCACAACAACUAUGCAGUGAUUCACUUUUGACUCAUUACAAAACACAAAAUGUGAUAAUGACCAAAAAGGUGCAAUCCUCCACAACAAUGCUUUGUAGGACAUGUGUAGUGCUUCUGAUAUGACUCAUUCAAAUAGCUGGGACAAGUUUGAUAACACUUACUCCCUCUAGUGGAGCUUAGAGGUAUUUUAAAGUAGAGUCUAUGGCUAAACUCAGUGGGGAUCAUGUCUGAAUAUAUUUAUUGCUGGAGUUGGCACUAACUCAAAUUAGUUAGAUAAUGAUUUUAGCAGUUGUAAAUAGUUUAGUGGAUCAGUAGUAAUAGGGGGAAUAACCUUUGGAGUAGUAAAUUGUCAAAUCUACAGCUGAACAAACAUGUACAUACACAUUAACUCAUUGUCAUCCUCCCAACAUGAGCCAUUUAAGGGGAAAUUAGAUUGUGUACUGUGAAACAUUGCUCACAAACUCUGCUCUACAAUGUUUUUUGCAAAAUAUACAUCCAAGAUAAGUAAACUCCACAAAACUGCAAUAACACAGGCACUCUGAUAAAAAUCUUACCACUGGAAUAAUACAAAUAAGCCUAAAUAAAGUAGUCCCCUUCCAUAAACCUGGAAUAAUAAACUAGAAACGGAGGUUUAGCUAAAGCCAGCUGUUCCAUAAACACUUGCUUGGGAAUCUCCCACCACAUGCAAACAAACACACACAUGCACGCACGUACAAAGGCAUACCGUCACGUACAAAUGCACGCACGCACGCACACACACCAGGACCCUUUGGGUGCGUGAAAUGGCCGACUGCCAAGUGAUAGAGCCCACCUAUUAUCUUUUACAGAAGACUACCAGAUCAAAUAAACAAAUUACCACAGCAUUUCCAUCCCAUGGAACUAAAACUCCUAUUCUCUGUUGUAAGUGUCUGUUUCAUCUUUUGAUCACUUUCCAGUAUAAACUAUCUAAACCCACA